CUCGCCCAAACACCGUCCUCAAUGCGCAAAUCGUCGUACUCGCUCGCUCGUCGUGCUCUUCAUGCUCGCCAUGCAUCGACGGUACCCGUGAACCCUCCAGUACAGGUCACCACACUCCCGAACCGCAUUCGUGUCGCAACUGAGUCUACACCUGGCCAUUUUUCCUCCGUGGGGCUCUACGUAGAUGCAGGCUCGCGCUAUGAGAACCCUUCGACGUCGGGGGUCAGCCAUUUCAUAGACAGAAUGGCCUUCAAAAGCACUUCGUCCAUGACGGACGCAGAAAUGUCAACGGCAAUCAAUGCUCUCGGAGGCCAGAUUAUGUGCUCUUCCUCUCGGGAGACUAUCAUGUACCAGUCUUCUCAUUUCCACCAAGCGACUCCUCUGGCAGUCUCUCUCAUUGCCGACACUGUCCUAAAUGCGUCUCUUCUUCCCGAGGAGCUCGACGCUCAACGAGACGCAGCUUUCUACGAAACUCGUGAAAUUCGUGCGAAGCCUGAGAUGAUCCUCCCCGAAAUCCUUCACUACGUCGCUUACAAUAAUCAGGCUCUCGGCAACCCACUACUCUGCCCAGACGAGCGAAUAGACGAGAUCAAUGCACCGUUGAUACGCCAGUUUAUUUCGGAGUGGUAUCGACCAGAGAGGAUGGUCAUUGCUGGAGCGGGUAUGGAGCACGAAGCUCUCGUAGAAUUAGCGGACAAGUACUUCUCGUCACUAAAGUACACGCCGGUGGAGACUCCUUCACUAUCGACUUCACGGCAAAAUGCACCUGCACAGCAGGUCCCACCCCAUCUUCUCCCUUCUGCAUCCUCACCUGCGCUUGUCAAGUCACUCACUCGCGCAGCCUCAUCAUACCUCAACCCAUUCUCCCCUUCGCAACCACCCGCGUCUCCCACUUCUCUCCUCGGGUCCACAUAUACGGGAGGAGAGCAGUUCAUCCACGACCCCAACUCCGAGUUCAAUCAUAUAUACAUCGCAUUCGAGGGUGUGGGGAUUCACGAUGACGACAUCUACGACCUCGCCACAAUGCAAGUUCUUCUGGGUGGCGGCGGCAGCUUCUCCGCCGGUGGACCCGGAAAGGGCAUGUACUCCCGCCUCUACACACACAUCCUCAACCACCACCCUCAAGUCGAUCACUGCGCGUCAUUCCAUCACAUCUACACCGACUCUUCCCUCUUCGGGCUCUUCGCCUCAUUCGUACCCUCUCCCGGAGGCCGCCAUGGCAAUUCUCCCACACAACUCCUCCCUCAUCUCGUUCACCAGCUCAGUCUGCUCCUCUACCGCCCGGUUCCUUCUUCGGAACUCAACCGGGCUAAGAACCAGCUGAAGUCCAGUCUUGUUAUGGCGCUCGAGAGCAGGGCAGUGGAGGUCGAGGAUUUGGGUCGGCAGUUGCUCGUCCAUAACCGCAAGGUCCACGUCUCCGAGAUGUGCGACAAGAUCGACCUAGUGACCGCCGAGUCCCUCCAACGCGUCGCCACACGUGUCUUUGGGCCCGAGUCGGGCGGGAAGCCCACGAUCGUCACCAUGGGCCACGAAGACGUUAGGGAUGCGAAGGGCGUCUUCAAGAAGUACGACGUCGGGUCGGUCUGAGCUGUCUUGGCUUACCUUGUUUUCUGUAAAUUACUCACCAUAUCAUAUGCUCUGAUAUCACGCCGCACGCGGCACCCACACCCCAC